AUGUUUCGCGACGCCGUGAACCUUACCAACGAAGCACCACGCAUAAAGCUGUACCAUCUUGAGAAGGCUCUCGUUGGUGACGCAAUGGGGCUUAUCGAUGUGAAGACGAUUAGCGACGGGAACUACGAACACGCCUGGAAACUUUUAGAGGAGCGUUUCGAGGAUAAAAGGCGAAUGAUCGACAUUCACAUCGCUGGCUUACUUGGAACAAAGAAAAUACCGAAGGAUGAUUAUGCCGAUCUGAGAACACUGGUCGAAACUAUUACGGGUCACGUGAAGAAUCUCAAGUUCCUCAACCAGCAAUUCACAGGUGUGUCGGAGCUAAUUGUCGUUCAUCUUGUCGCUCGUUCUUUGGAUGCGACAACGAAGAAAGAGUGGGAAUCAACAAUAAAGCGAGGCGAGCUUCCCACCUACGAAAACACCAUCACGUUUUUGAAGGACCGCGUCUCAGUUCUGGAGAGAUGUCAGAGCUCAAACGAAGAAUCUCGGUCCCUGCGAGGAACAGCGAAACAACUAACAGGAAAAUCUGCAGUUUCGAAGGCUAACACCGCAACGGCCUCUUCGACAUCGGAUCCACAUUGUGAGAUGUGUGGAGAAAGACAUCCUACGUUCAAGUGUUCGUCGUUUAACAGCCUUUCCACGAGUGAACGGCUGUCCAAAGUUGAAGAGAGGAACAUCUGUUUUAACUGCUUGAGGCGUGGACACAGCGUGAAGAACUGUCCAUCGAAGAAGUCUUGCUUUAGGUGCAACAAGAAGCAUCACACAUUGUUGCACUUGGAGGGUAAUGCCAGCUCGACGAGGCCUUCGAGUGAGAGCAGUGAAGAGAAGCAUUCGCAGUCUAACCCAAAUUCUGCGAUUGGAAUUCCUGGCUCCAGUAAAGCACCGGUGUCCAAUAAGAAACCGGAGACCCAGCCAUUGGUUACGGUAGUACACACUAACAACCCGAUGAAUUUGGCGAGUCAGGUGAUCUUACUAACCGCCCUUGUUCAAGUGGAUGAUCAACAUCAGCGCUCUCGUUUGUGCAAAGCCCUGUUAGACUGCGGAUCCCAAGUGAGUUUUGUAACGCAAUCACUGGUCGCUACUCUUGGGAUUGAAGUGGAAGAAGUAAGUGUCCCGAUAACAGGCAUAGGCAAUGUGAGAUCAACCAUAAAACAGAAAUGCACCAUAAAUGUCCGCUCUAGAUGUAAUGACUACUCAUUCCUCGUGAAUUGCUUGGUCUCACCGAAAAUCACCGGUCGCAUUCCAUCGGUGAAGAUAAAUUUGGACAAUUGGGAACUGCCACAAGGUCUAAAACUGGCUGAUCCGUCGUUCCAUGAACCCAGCCAAAUUGACUUGCUUAUUGGUAUGGACUGGUUCUACGAUAUAAUGAAACCAGGGUGCUUAAAACUAAACGACGACCUACCUAGCCUUCAUGACUCCCAACUGGGAUGGUUAGUGGGUGGUAAGCUGCUCGAGAGGUCCUGUUCAAACUUUGCGAUGAACUCCUGCGCCGUUAGCGUCGAUCCAAUGGAAGAGCUUAUGCAUAAAUUUUGGGAAGUGGAAAGCGUUUCACCGGAGAUGGUUCCUUCGAGCGAGAAGGAGCAGUGCGAAGCACACUUCACUGCAACGUAUCGUCGAGAUGACAGUGGUCGAUUUAUCCUCCAUCUACCGCUGAAGGACAACGCCACGAGAUCAACGAGCAUGAUGACCCCCCUGGAAUAUUGA